UUCAGAUGCCAAUUGGUGUAUAGAAUAGGCGAAAACGAACGAAAAAGUGCAACAACACCAUGUUAUUCUCGGGCGCCUCGACUGCGAAACCGAAAAAAGACGAGAAAAAGGACAAGAAAAGUGAUCGCGACCCAAAAAAUGAGCUCCAAGAGUGGGUAUUCGUGCGCUGGGCCAAUCACCUGCUCGGAACAGAACGUCUAACCGAUUACAAAAGCCUUCAAGAUGGUUCAAACGCGAUUUUUGUCUACCAAGCAAUUAUUGGACAGACUAUGGCUGUACUGGGUAAUCCAUCCGACGAUUGGCCUAAUGUUUUGCAAAAUAUCGGGGAUUCCAAGACGAAUCCGCAGGAAGUUAUGGAAGGGCAGCAGAAAGCGGUGCUCUCAGCCUGGUGGCAGCUUGUUCAGUUUUUCUGGAAAAAUAAUGCACCCGUGCAGUUACGGGAGGAAAAGCUCUCCGAAGCCAUCAAACAAUGGUGCAUUGAAGUCAUGAAAUCAUACGAAGAAAUUGACGUCUACGACUUUACAUCUUCCUUCCGGGACGGCCAUGCCUUCAAUUACCUCAUACAUUCUUAUGACCGAAAACUGAUAAACCUCACAAAAACCGCCGAAAUGAGUGCCAUCGACAGGAUUGAAAACGCUUUUGCUGUCGCUGAAAAGACAUGGAAUGUGCCAAGGCUUCUGAAUCCAAAAGAUCUUCACAGCGAUCAGCUUGACUCGCAUUCGGUGCUAUGCUAUUUGAUGAGCUUGUACCUGGCAAUGAUAUCAACGAGUAAAAUUGAAACCGAACUAGAAGCCCAACAAAUCCAGCAACAAAAAGUUGCCGCUCUUCUCGCCUCCCACAAAAUGCUCUCCUCUCAACCAUCCACGUCAUCAUCGUCAGCUCUGCAAAUCCCGCCACAAACUCCGCCCACAGCACAUCAUCAGGCAAUGUUAGAUAGAGGAAAAAGCUUUGAACAAUCCGCUGAGGGCGAAGUGCGGUCUCGAAAAUCAUCGUCAUCCUCGCAAAAGUCGGGAAAAUCGAAAAAAGCCCGGCGCGAAGAGCAGCUCGCCGAGUUCAAAUCUUGCAUCGAGCAAGUGCUCACAUGGCUUCUCGAAGCCGAAGAUGAGCUCACAACUCUUACACAAAUGCCACGUGUCGAGCUGGCAUCCGUCAGAUCACAGUUCUCAGACUUUGAAUCUUUCAUGUCAAGUCUCACAGACAGUCAGGAUACGGUAGGCCGAGUGCUGCUCCGUGGACAGAUGCUCAGUAAUAAAUCGGAAAGUGAGGAGGAAAAAGAGUCCAUUGGAGCGAACUUGCAUCUUGUGAAUACGAGAUGGGAAGCGUUGAGAGAGCAGGCAAUGCAAGAGCAAGCUGUGCUCCAGCAGCAAAUUCACUUGCUUCAGCAAAGCGAGCUCGACACAAUAAGUCAAUGGCUCGACGCUGCUGAGCUGGAAAUUGAGUCAUUCGGCCCAUUAGCAGCCGACUCCUCACAGGCUCUUCGACAAAUCGAGCUUCACACAAAAUUUCAGCAGAAGCUUAACGAUUUCCAGGAGACAAUUGAUAAGCUGGAGAGUUUUGUGGCUGUGGUUGAUGAAGAAAAUGACGCUUCAGUAGCGACACUGGAAGAUGCUCUAAGUGCAGUUUCAGUUCGAUGGGGACAUGUUUGCGAGUGGGCCGAAAAGCGGGCCACCAAGCUGGAUGGCUUGGCGGAUUUACUGGAUAAGACUAAUGAGGUGUUCGAGAACUUGUCAGGUUGGCUCGCGGAGCGAGAAAAUGAGCUCAUGACGGGGCUCAAAUCUGCACAUCAUUUGGAGAAUGAGGAGCAAGUUGCACAACAAGUCAGACGGCUUCAGAAGACUGAAGAGCAGCUUGAGCAGGAGCAUGCCAGUUUUGUUAGACUCUCCCAGCUCUCCUGUGAGCUCGUGGGCCGGCUCGACGAUUCAAACGGUGCAGCUGCAAAUGCUGUUCGACUGAGCUUGGACUCAAUCACCCAGCGAUGGGACAACCUAGUUGCCAGAAUCGAAGAGCACGGAAAGACCCUUGUAAAAUCUGGAAAAGCAGAUGUAAAGCAGGUUCAGGAGAGCCAAAAUGAGCAGAAAGAGCAACCAGCUUCAUCUGAAGGUUUGUCCACUGAUACUGAGGGAGAAGAGCAGAAAAAUCAGCUGGUGGACAAGUUUUUGCUGCACAUUUCGAAGCUUUCCCAUGAGCUCGAGCCACUUCAAGAUUGGUCGGAAAAGUUCGAGGUGUCGCGGAAAAAGGAUGACAUUCGGAAGAUGAUGAACACCUGCCAGGAGAAGUUGAUUCAGAUAAAAGAGCAAGAAGCCCGCGUAAACCGGCUCCAGCUGGAACUUGAGCACCUCCACGUGGCGAAACUGAAUGCUCGGCAGCUCAAAAGAGCCAAUGACGCUUUUGAGCAGUUUGCAAAGGGAUGGGCUCGCAUUGUAACAAAAAUCAGUGAAGCAAUGAAUGUACUAACUGGACAAGAAGCCGGUGGUAAUGGGAAUGGAAGUGAAGAAGCCGCUGUGGCCGCGAAGAUUGAGCAAUGGAUUGAGGCCGUUGAUAAAGUGAUAAACGAGCUCUCCCAACUCCCGGUAAAUGAACGCCGCUCCCGAAUCGAUAAACUCGAGCAACAACUCCAAGUUCAAGACAAAAACGUGGGCUUCAUUGAAAAAGAUCUUCUGAAAAAGGCAAUUCUGAAAAAAGGACUCGAAAUCGCUGGAAAACGACUUGCAGCGCUGAAAGUUGAGGAGAAGCCUGUGGAGAAGGAAGAGCAAUUGGUGUUGUCAAAUUCCGAGGAACCAGAAGCAGAGAAACACGUGACAUUUGUGCAGGAAACUACGGAAAAACCCGCUCCACUCCAAGAGCCAACUUCAGAAGCUCAGCUCCUGGAAGAGCUUGACGGUCCGUGGUCCCGAGUUGGAGAUGUUGUUGCGAUUGAGCAUGACUUGCUCCGAGCAAAACGAGCAGUUGACACCGCCCGCAACUCCCAAAUGAGCAAUGAGACUGUCGAAAAAGCAGAGACACGAAAAGCUGAAAUGGAGGAGAAGCGGAGAGUGACUAUGUCGGCGAGAAGCAAGUUCAGAAUGGCUGAGGAGACGCUGGAAGAAAUAGAACGAAACCUCGAUCGUCUUCAAGUUUCCGACCUCGAAAUCGCAGAUUUAGUCCGAGGUCUCGAGCAGGAAGCGGCAAAGCUUGGCGAGCGGGUCUCGCAGCGAAAGGAGGCAGAACGUACCGCCGAGAAGAUCCUCAGCAUGGAUGAUGACGAGAUUUCACAGGAAAUUGUGAUUAAGACCAAGGAUUCGACGGAGAAACUGAUAAAGAGAUGGAAUCAGUUGGAGUUGGAUUUGGAGGAGAAUUUGAGAAAGGCGAAAAGAGAUCAGGACGUUUUUAUACAAAAACGCCUACGGGAAGGCGAAGAAGCCUUAAACGAGAUAAAAACUGCCAUCGAGGGAAAAAGAGAGUCGCUGGACGCUGAAACAGCAGCCGAAAAUCUUGAUCAUCUGGAAAGCUCACUGGACAAUAUCUCCAGCCUAUUCGGAGAAAUCGGAUCCCUACCGAUGGAUGAUAAUUCUCGAGAAAAGCUCUCAAAAUUAGCAAAAGCCAAAGAUCAAAUCACAGCGAGAGCUAAUGAAGCGCUGGCUGCUCUUACACGGACUGUGUCAGAAUGUGAAGAUUUCGAGAAGCAGAUAAUGCUCUUCCAGAAUUGGAGCGCUCGAAUCGGAUUUCUAUUACAAGCUAGAAAAUCUGCAGACAUUUCCGCAUUUGACAUUCCCCAUGAGUACCACGAAGACCUUGGAAAUGAAGCUGAAUUGAUACCGAAACUCUCCCGCGAGUUUGAGGAAUGGACUGUGAAGCUCAAUGAGAUGAACUCGACGGCCACUGAGAAAGACGACUCGGCGAGAAUGCGGGAGCAGCUUAAUCAUGCUAAUGAAACAAUGGCAGAGCUCAAGCGGAAAUUCAAUGAAUUUAAGAGGCCUAAAGGUUUUGAGGAGAAGCUUGAAAAAGUUAUCACAACCCUGUCAAAUGUUGAAAUGGGACUAGAUGACACCACUGGAAUCGAUGGAUCUGAGUGUGGUGGGGCUCUGAUGGAAGUUCGAGCACUUGUUAGAAUGCUCGAUGGGGCACAGGAGAAAUGGAAGGAUUUGGCUGAAAACCGAGAGCAACUGGUGAAGGAUCGGGUUCUAGAUGAGGAGACUUCUAAGGAGACCCUCCAAAAGCUGCAGUAUGCAAAAACCAAGUCAAAAGAGCUCUACGAGAGAAGUUCUACGUGCAUCGAACGUCUGGAAGACUGUGUUGAAAUGUAUCAGAGGCUGAAAAUGGAAUCAGACGAAAUUGAGCGAUUUUUGGAGGAAAUGGAAGGGAAAUUGGACCAAUACGCGGCAAGUGAUCGGCCGGAAGAAGCUGAAAUUGUCAAUGAGCUCAUAAGUGAAUGGAAUCGGAAUGAGGCUGCGAUGAAGAAUGCCGAGCACUUGCAGAGACAGUUGAACGAACGCGCCAUAAAAAUCCCUGACGACGUGCUCUCCCUGAAGCGGCUCCGUGCAGAUGCUCUCAAAAACCGCCUGAACUCGUGGUGCCGUACCAUUCAGGAAAUGUCCGAGGACGAUGAGUCUGCCCUGUUGGAAAUCGACGAGCUCCACCAGAACCUUGAGAAAGAGCUUAAGCUAGUUUCUGAUAAGGAACCAUCGAAAAUUGCGGAGAAGCUGCGAUUCUUGAGAGCCGACAGAGAUCGAUUGAGUUCUCGAACCAGGAAGCUAGCGGCCAAGAAUCCCCGGCUAGCUGCCACGUCAUCUGAUGUUCUAGCUGGAUUGAAUCAGAAAUGGAAGGAGUUGGAAGUAAAGGCUUCUGCUGAAAAAGCUCCUGCUCCAGAGCUCCGUGACGCUAGAUUAAGCUCCCCGUCCGAGCAGCCAUUCGACAAGAGAGUUCAAGAACUGUGCGACCUAUUUGAAAACUUGGAAGCUCAGCUGGAUUUCAAUGGAUCUCCCGUAUCAAUGGUGACUGAAUAUCAGAAGCGAGUUGAGAAUUUGGAUGAGUAUUUGGAUGAGUACCGACCAGCUCUUGAUGAUACUAUUGAGGAAGGCCGGAAAAUUGCAGAGACUGGAAGACUGGAGCUUCAGACACAUUCGGCUAUUGAGAAGCUGGAUGAGCUGACGAAUCGGAUUGAGCAGGUGGAGGUGGAGUUGGAUAAGCAUCGGGAUAAGGUGCCGUCGCUUGUGGAGCAGCAUGAGCAGCUGAAGAAGGAUAUUGACUCAUUCCUCCUGGUACUCGACGUCUUCACCGACCGUAAUCUUGAUGACGUGGACAUUGCUAAAUCGACACGUAAAGAGCUUGCCGAGCGAGAUUCCCAUAUUGUCUCCCUAACUUCCAGAGCAACUGCCAUACAUUGUGCUCUUCCGGGAAAAGGCCCCCAACUCCAUGACGUCACCCUGGACAAGCUCCGUGACAGGAUAGAGAAGCUCGAGGCUCGACUUUCGGCGACUGAGAAGAAGCCAGUGGAGACUGUCAAAUCUACAAUACCCGAUAGACCAGAAGUUCCGGAGGAGCCGGAGAAAUCCUCGCCAGAUCGCACGAGCCGCUCGAGUUUGCAGCUGGCAAUGGAGGCAUAUGGAACAGCUACAGAGGAUGAUAGUGUGAUCAGUGAGGCGGUUACUGUAGGCCAAAAAUCUGUGGAUCAGGUAGAUCCUGUGGAGCAAUUGGAGCCAGUGGAGCCUGUUGAGCCAAAGUUAGAGGUUAAGCAGCUCAAGGAUGAGGCGACCGAGGAGGAGGAGAAACGAACAAUUAUUCUACCGGAUGAGACAGAGAAAGUGAUAGAAACUAUCCCGGCUGCGAGGCCCUCAGCGGGACCCUCAGAGGGUACUGUAGCAGAAGUAUCCACGUCAGAGAUCCUUAAAGCCCGACCUGCACAAGAGUCAAUUGAACGGACUGUUCGAGAAGUUCCGGUUGAUGAAUAUGAAGAGACUGCGAAUAUUUCCAGUGGAGAUGAGCUUCAGGAUCACAAAAUUUCCUCGGCGGUGCCGGAUUCCGAGUCUGAAAUCGCUUCAAUGUUCGAAGUGCUCGACUCAAUCGAGGACUCGCACACCAAUUUCGAAGAGUUUCCGUUUGACUACCUAGAUAGUGCUGAUGACGAUUUGAAGAAAACCCUACUCAAACUGGAGUCCUGUGAGAAGACACUGGCCAAAAAUGAAAUGACUAUUAACAUUGCGCAAGCCGAGAAUGCGAGGGAGAGGAUUACGAUGCUGCGUCAAAUGGCACUUCAACGGAAGGACAAGCUGCCAAAGUUUAACGAGGAAUGGAAUGCAAUGCAAGAGUUAAUCCAACUCGCCGACGCCCUUGUCGACGAGGCCGAACGAUACGAAUCCGACCAGAUCCCCCAAAUGGAUCGGAAAUCUGCUCCAAAUGUGCUCGGCGAGCUGCGAAAACGUGUCGCCAACGCAGAAGGACCGGUGAUAGAUCUCGUGAAGAAGCUCUCCCAGUUGGUACCCCGAAUGCAAGAAGAUUCCCCAAAAUCUCAGGACAUUCGGCAGAAAGUCUACGGGAUUGAGGAUAGAUUCAGAAGAGUCGGUCAAGCCGAGGGAGCAGCGAUCUCUAAGGCUUUAUCCAGUGCUCUCACGGAGCCGGAGCUCAAGUUGGAGCUGGAUGAAGUUGUGAGAUGGUGUGAGAUGGCAGAGAAGGAGGCAGCUCAGAAUGUGAAUUCGCUGGAUGGAGAUGGAUUGGAGAAGCUUGACGGACGGCUUGCACAGUUUACAAAAGAAUUGCAGGAGAGAAAAGACGAUAUGGUGCAACUGGAAAUGGCAAAGAACAUGAUCAUCCCCUCCCUAAAAGGAGACGCUCAUCACGAUCUCCGCCGUAACUUUUCCGAUACCGCGAAACGUGUUGCAAUGGUUCGUGAUGAGCUCUCAGAUGCUCACAAAUGGGUUGCCACGUCACGUGACACAUGUGACACUUUCUGGGCAGACAUUGACUCCCUGGAGCAGUUGGCACGGGAUGUGGUGAGAAGAGCCAACGGGAUCCGGAUGGCUGUGAUUUAUACUCCGUCGAGGGAGAAUGUGGAAGGUGUGCUGCGGGAUGUUCAGAGAUUGAAGAUGUCGAUUGGGGAUGUGAAGAAGAGGGUUCAGACGGCGAAUCUACCGCCGGCGAUCAAGUUGGCCGGGAAGAAUGCGAAGAGAGUGGUCCAAGUGCUCACCGAGACAGCCACCACGAUAGCCGACUGUCAUGACAUACCUACCUACCUGAUCGAUGAGAUGAAUGAUUCAGGCGGUGACACUACGGAAUCCAGGAGUACUGUUGUCGAGAUGACUUCAGUGCACACUAAGCAAAGCUCCUCAAGCUCUUCUAACAAAACCCCAUCCGCUGGUGGUGAAUCUGACGAUGCUCACACCUUAAACGGAGAUGAUGAGCAAUCGGAGGAAGAUCAGAAGAUCUACUCACGAGAGUCUUCGUCAACAUUGCCACGUGGAGUUUCCAGCCUAGGAUCAACAGGUUCUAGUGGGGUCCUUGACCCAGUAGCGGUUCAGCUGACACACACAAGGCACUGGCUUCAUGAUGUAGAACGGGAUGCCUCGAUUACUGUAGAUCUGGCACAAUGGCAGCCGGCUCGAGAGCUGUGGCAGAGUAUUCAGGGGAUUAUCGAUGAGAUUCGGUUGAGAAGUGUUCAUGUCACAGGUGCCCAUGAUGCGAGCCCCAAUCGACAAGUUAGGCAGCAAGCCGCGCAGUUGCUGACAGAAAUGCGCCGAACCAUCGAAAAUUGCGAGAAGCGUUGUCUGAUCCUCAAUCAAAUAUCAGAUAUCGCGCGACAAAACGAGGCAUCUCGAAACGAAAUGGAGCUCUGGCUUAAAAGUGCAAGUGACGUCAUCGGAGAGCGAAGAGUUGAAGAGCUCAGCGAAGAGGUUGUUCGGCAGGAGUUGCAGGUUUUGGAACGAGUUGUUGAGCAGUUAACGGAGAGAAAGGACAAAAUGGCGGAGAUUAAUUCCCAGGCGAACAAGAUUGUGGACACCUACACAAAGGAUGAAGCUCAUAAUUUGAGUCAUUUGCUCAGCAGGCUUAAUAUGAGCUGGACGAAGUUUAAUGAUAACAUUCGUAUCCGCCGAGCCGUACUCGAAGCUUCACUCCGCUCCCGCCGGGACUUCCACUCUGCACUUUCAGAAUUUGAAAAGUGGCUUUCACGGCAAGAAGACAAUUGCUCAAAACUCUCAGCGGACACAUCUAAUCAUCAAGCUAUUAAAGACACUUCGAAGCGGAAAAAUUGGACGCAAAGCUUUAAAACUUUGAAUGCGGAGCUGAAUGCUCAUGAGGAUGUGAUGAAAAGUGUCGAGAAAAUGGGAAAAAUGUUGGCUGAAAGUUUGGAAUCUGGAAAUGAAAAAGUUGAGCUUUUGAAAAGAGUUGGUGAGACCACAAGAAGAUGGACAGCGCUGAGGAAGACUACUAAUGAGAUUGGAGAACGUCUCGAAAAAGCCGAACAAGAAUGGGAGAAGCUUUCUGACGGUCUAGCUGACCUCUUAUCGUGGGUUGAAGCCAAAAAACAAGCAAUAAUGGAUGAGCAACCGACUGGUGGAAGCCUUUCUGCAGUUAUGCAGCAAGCCUCAUUUGUGAAAGGACUGCAAAGGGAAAUUGAAUCAAAAACUGCAAAUUAUAAGAGUACUGUAGAAGAAGCUCAUAGUUUCCUGAUGCAACAUGACUUGAGACCGAAACUUCAUAGCCCACAUGUCCUGGAUGAUGAUUAUGAGAAGGAGGAGCUCGCCAACUUGGAGCAACGUCGUCGUGGCCUCGAGAUCAAUGCAAAUUGCGAGAGGCUCAAGAAAAACUGGGCAGAGCUCGGCAUCGAAGUAGAAUCAUGGGAUAAGCUCGUUCAGCAUGCAAUGCAGCGGCUCCAGGAGCUCGAGAGAAACUUGGCAGAGUGCCAACUUCAUCUGACGUCAUCGGAAAAUGAGAUUGAAACGAUGAAGGCUGUCGAGAAGAUUCAUUUGGAAGAUUUGAAAAUUGCGCGCGAAGAAACUGAUCAAAUUUCUAAGAGAAUCGAUGAAGUUCGGCUUUUUGUCGAUGAUGUAAAUGAUGCGGCGGCAAGGUUGUUGGCUGAGGAUUUGAAGCUUGAUGAGCACGCAAAGGGACAAAUUGAGCAUGUUAAUAAGAGAUAUUCAACCCUAAAACGUGCGAUUCGAAUCCGGCAGGCGGCGGUCAGAAACGCCGCAUCGGAUUUUGGACCAACUUCUGAACAUUUCCUAAACCAAUCAGUCACCUUGCCAUGGCAACGAGCUAUCAGUAAAUCCAACCUGUUACCCUAUUAUAUUGAACAAACCAGUGAAAAAACACAAUGGGAGCAUCCAGUAUGGGUGGAAAUCGUAAAAGAGCUCUCACAAUUCAACCGCGUCAAAUUCCUCGCCUACCGUACCGCCAUGAAGCUCCGAGCCCUUCAAAAACGGCUCUGUCUCGAUCUAGUCGACCUAACACUUUUGGAAAAGGCGUUUGUUCGACUGAAAGGACUUUCAGCUGAAGAAUGUCCGGGACUGGAGGGUAUGGUUUGUGCUCUGCUGCCGAUGUAUGAAGCUCUUCAUGCAAAAUAUCCAAAUCAAGUGCAAAGUGUCUCGUUGGCUGUCGAUAUUUGCAUUAAUUUCUUGUUGAACCUUUUUGAUCAAUCCCGCGACGGAAUAAUGCGUGUUCUCUCCUUUAAAAUUGCCAUGAUCGUAUUCUCGAACAUUCCAUUAGAGGAAAAAUAUAGAUAUCUUUUCAAAUUAGUUUCCCAGGACGGUCAUGCGACCCAAAAACAAAUUGCAUUGCUUUUAUAUGAUCUUAUCCACAUUCCUCGUUUGGUCGGUGAAUCCGCCGCAUUUGGAGGUACCAAUGUGGAGCCAUCGGUCCGAUCGUGCUUCGAAACUGUACGAUUGGCGCCAACAAUAUCGGAAGGCGCUUUUAUCGAUUGGGUCAAGAAGGAACCUCAAUCAAUAGUCUGGCUAGCUGUCAUGCAUCGAUUAGUCAUCUCCGAAAGCACAAAGCAUGCGUCCAAAUGCAACGUGUGCAAAAUGUUCCCAAUCAUCGGCAUCCGUUACCGAUGCCUCACCUGCUUCAACUGUGACCUCUGCCAGAAUUGUUUCUUCAGUCAGAGAACUGCAAAAAGUCAUCGAACAAAUCAUCCAAUGCAGGAGUACUGUGAAAAAACUACGUCAUCCGAUGACGCAAGGGAUUUCGCGAAAAUGAUUCGGAAUAAGUUCCGGGCGUCGAAACGGCAGAAGGGGUAUUUGCCGAUUGAUGUGGCCGAAGAAGGCAUCCCUCUUACAUGUCCCCCGGCAAAGGUCACCAACCAGGCCACGGAGCAAAUGAACGCAGACACCUCUCAAAUGACUGCACAUCUUGCAAAGCUCUCGGCAGAGCACGGUGGAGGCGCCGAGCACAUGGAGCCCGUGCAAUCACCCCUUCAGAUUAUUAAUCAGGUAGAACAACUGCAACGGGAUGAAAUGGACCAGAUGCUUCACCGUCUGCAAUUCGAGAAUAAGCAGCUGAGAAAGGAGCUCGAGUGGAAACGAGGUGCAGCUAGUACUAUGGAAAUUGAUAGAAGCUCAAAACGUCAUCAGGAACGACAUCAGAGUGAGAGUCGGGGAGGAACGUUACCAUUGAGAAAUGGUAGAAGUGUAGUGUCAUUGAAGAGCACACAGAGCCAGAAUGACGUAAUGGACGAGGCGAAAGCCCUACGCCUCCACAAGCAACGUUUGGAGCAUCGCUCUCGAAUUCUAGAGCAGCAAAAUGAGCAGCUCGAGAUGCAGCUGCAAAGGUUGAAGAAAGUUAUAGAUGCGCAAAAGCAACAAGCUCCCCUCUCAACCAACUCGUUGCUCCGCGGAAGUCAUCAUCAACCAUGGAGCCCCGAACGUGCUCGUUCGGGCUCCGCGAGCACACUGGAUCGUGGUCUUAUUGUGAGUAGUCGUCAUCAGGAGCAGGCAGAAGCGGCCGGCGGCGGAGCUGAAGACUCAUCGGAUGAAGCUGGCGGAGCCGGUGGUGGGCCACGUGGCAGCAGUGUCGGACAAAUGCAAAAUCUAAUGACAGCUUGUGAUGAUUUAGGAAAAGCAAUGGAAUCCCUGGUGGUGUCUGUUGUAUAUGAUUCCGAUGAUGAGGAGAAUGAUUGAUUUUUAUUGAUUUAUCGAUUUUUUGUUGAUUUUUACCAUUUCGAAUUUUUUUAUCCAAAAAGACACACAAAAUCUCUAGUCCCAUAUACGAAUAUACGAAACUAAAUAUUUAUAUAUUUUUUGAAUUUUUUCAUCGACAAAUAAACCAUUUUUUCGAUU